GCUCGACUAGAGAUCCCGUGGCUUUUAAUUCCCUCACUACUUUUUUUUUAAACCCUCCUUCGAUUUGCCCCGUUAUUACCAUUUAUCCGAGGCGUUCAUUUCCGCACCUGCCACACAGAGAAAAAGCUAAGGCGAAGUAGAAGAGGAGACAAGGACACUGCGAGAGCCGGGAGAGGCAGACUGUAGAGAUAGCAGCGGUGACCCGUUUGAGAUCUUAAAGGACAAAAUAAUAAUAAAAAAAAUGCUGCUCUGGACCAAAAUCGCGUUGGUCGGUCUCAUCUGCUUGUCCUUGGUAUCCUCUGGGAUGGGAUGCGGACCGGGCAGGGGCUACGGCAGGAGAAGACAUCCGAAGAAGCUGACACCUCUUGCGUACAAGCAGUUCAUCCCCAACGUCGCGGAGAAGACCCUCGGGGCAAGCGGCAAAUACGAAGGCAAGAUCACAAGAAACUCCGAGCGAUUUAAAGAACUGACUCCCAAUUAUAACACAGACAUCAUAUUCAAGGAUGAGGAGAACACCGGUGCUGACAGGCUAAUGACUCAGAGAUGUAAAGACAAGCUGAACUCGCUAGCCAUCUCCGUGAUGAACCAGUGGCCCGGAGUGAAGCUGCGGGUCACCGAGGGCUGGGACGAGGACGGACACCAUUUAGAAGACUCUCUUCACUACGAGGGCAGAGCCGUGGACAUCACCACUUCAGACAGAGACAAGAGCAAAUACGGCACUCUGUCCAGGCUGGCGGUGGAAGCUGGAUUUGACUGGGUCUACUAUGAAUCCAAGGCCCACAUCCACUGCUCCGUGAAAGCAGAAAAUUCUGUGGCAGCAAAGUCAGGCGGCUGCUUCCCCGGAUCCUCCACGGUCACCCUUCAGGAUGGCACCAAGAAAGCAGUCAAAGAUCUCAAAAGCGGAGACAGGGUCAUGACAGCAGAUGACGACGGAAAUGUAAUUUACACCGACUUCAUCAUGUUUAUAGACCGAGAUUCGAUGCUGAGGAGGAUCUUCUAUGUGAUCGAAACCGACUCGGGCCAGAAAAUAACCCUCACCGCCGCGCACCUCCUCUUCGUCAGCCGCAACAGCUCCAGCGAGGCGGAGAAGCGGAUGUCUGCGAUUUUCGCCAGUCAAGUCCAGCCUGGACAGAAAGUGUUCGUCUUUGACGCAGAGCGAAGUCGAUUUGAGCCUGUGACCGUCAAACGGAUUUACACGCAAAGUCACGAGGGUUCCUUUGCGCCUGUGACCGCGCAGGGGACCAUCGUGGUGGACCAGGUCCUUGCGUCCUGUUACGCAGUGAUCGAAGACCACGACUUGGCACACUGGGCCCUGGCACCCGUCAGGCUCGCCCACUGGGUGUCCUCGUUCCUAUUUAGCUCCCAGCCUCCAAGCAGUGUACAAAACGAAGGAGUGCACUGGUACUCCAAAAUCCUUUAUCAAUUAGGGACAUGGCUCUUGGACAGCCACUCGAUCCAUCCACUUGGAAUGUCGGUAUACCCAAGUUGAAACAGCUGCGACAGGAGCAGAACGAGACUUUAAAUGUAGGACACACGAACUAUACAGUAGAUUAAAAAUAAUAAUAAUAAUAAUAAUUAAAAAGAGAGAGAGAGAAAGAAAAAAAGCGAACUGACAGACAGACGUGACAUGACAAGGGCCCCAGCGGAGUUGGGAUAUUUAUUUCAGUGACUUUUCCAUGAUGUGUCCCCCUUUCAAAGAAUGAAUGGAGCCUUAAAAAGUUUCUCUUUGAAUAAUUUAUUCUCAUGUGAACUCUGCUGCUGUCACAUAAAUGGAUUCUGAAACUGUGUGAGCAGCAAAUUGUGCAUAAUCUAUUUUUGUAAAUAUCAAAUGCAAAAAAAGAAAGAAAAAUGAAGAAAAAAAUUGAAAAAUGGGGAAAAAAAUCGCAAACAGAAAGAGGAUCAUGUAAAACGGAGCUGAC